CAGUCGCACCUUCCGCCUCGAGCCCGUCGAUCCUCUCCCACCUCCCUCACAUCCCGCCGCAAUGUCGCUCUCCUGCCAACGUGUCCUCAGGCGAUGCGCCACCGUCCAGUCGCCCGUCCGCGCCUCUCUUUCAUCCACCCAGAGCAAGCAGUUCCUCUCAAGGAGAUGGCAGUCCACCGAUGCUGAGGCCGCCGCUCCCACCAACCCCAAGAUCGCCGCCAUCGUUGACCAGAUUGGCCAAUUGACCCUCCUCGAGACUGCCGACCUUGUUUCCUCGCUCAAGACUCGCCUUAACAUCCCCGAUCUGCCCGUUGGUGGUUUCGCUGCUGGUGCCGCUCCCACCGCUGCCCCUGCUGCUGUCGAAGAGGAGGAGGCCGCUCCCGCCGCACAAGAAAAGACUCUCUUCAACCUCAAGCUGCAGUCGUUCGACGCUGGAUCCAAGCCCAAGGUUAUCAAGGAGAUCAAGAGCUUGUUGGGUCUGUCCCUGGUCGACAGCAAGAAGUUCGUCGAGAGCGCUCCCAAGCUCAUGAAGGAGGGUGUACCCAAGGAGGAGGGUGAGAAGAUUGUCGAGACACUCAAGGCCCUCGGUGCCGUCGUUGUCAUGGAGUAGAUGUCAUGUCUACUUGUUCUCUUCUUUCUUACACGAACAUGGCAUACAUGUGACGGCGUUAUAUGUACUUGUAUAUUGGGGCAAAUGGUGUACAAAAACUUCUACCACACUCAAGACACGUCUUGUACAUAUGCUUGCUUCUUUAGAUGCAGAGUAUCUGAUUCUCGCUUGGAAUGCUACAAGCAAGGCACUGUGAGUGUUGGCCUUGAGCACAGCUCGAGGAGGCCAUUUUGUGUGAGUCCAGGGUCGCCCGAUUAGCAAGCAAAAUUAGACUCAACAACCAACAUCUCGCUCCCUCAGAUAGUAAUACAUCGUAUUCGUAGUUUAUAUUAGGCAGAGAGCCUACCUCAGAGUCUCAUGACAGUGGGAUGUCGUGAUCUGUGGUCUACAUCCGCCAAUCAAGAGAUCAGGACUUUUGACCGAGCUAAAC